CAGCUUAUAAGUCUGCUACCAACUCUUCGUUCCAAAUCUGUGUGAUUGGUUUUAGGAGAUUGUGUUUUGUUUGUUUGUUUUUUAACUUCAGAACCACUCAGUUCAACCAAAAGUUUGCAGUUCAUCACUUAUUUAUUCACAAGUGGGAAGAACACAGACAAACAAUCUCUUAACAUCUUACUGAUUGGAUAGGAUACGCUUCAUGAGUAUUGUAAUGUUUCUAACGAAGUCUGUAGUUUCUAGUUCACUAUCAAGUUUUGAGGCUGCUGGAAAAUUGGUGUAUAGAAAACUUUGCAGCACUGUAAAGAUGUUUGUUAUAAACAGCUGAAGAGGUGAGUGCUGUGAGCUCGUCUAGCCUGACUUUUCUAUGAUGGUCUGUGUUAGUGUUUUAAACUACACAUAUUGUUUAAUUUUGCAACCAUUAAAAUAGUUUCUAGUGAUUAUUUCUUUCUAAAUUCUAAAUUCUUAUGAUUCUUCUUAGAAUGGGUUUGUGUGAAUUGGAAGAAGCUAGAUAUUUGAGCCAUUUUAGGAAAUCUUGUUUGAUAAAAGAAGAGAGGAGAACUCUUCUAUUUUCUGUUAAAAUGUUAAGAAUUUGGAAUGCUGCAGUGUUUGGUUUUAUUGCCUUUUAGUUUGUGUUUUACUGUCAGCAUGUUCUUUUUCCUGUACAUGAGGUGUAAGUGUACUUCUUAACAUGUGGACACCUUCAAAUAUACUUAAAUAUACGUGCCAAAUACCAACCAAUGAUAAUUUUAAGUAUGAAUUUUUUUUUUUUUUUCAUUCUCUCUAGCAUAAUGGAGCAGCAGAUGCUUUGACAUUAAUGUGAGGUGUUACAUUACAAUUGUAAUUUAGAAAAAUAGUCUAUUUUCUAAAUGUGAGGGAAGAAAGUGAUACUUUGCAAAUCAUGGAUAUGAAGGAUGAUCAAAGGGCUGAAUUUGGUGCUAACACACAACAAAACUGUGUGCAUGGAUAAAGAAAAACCUUUAUCCCAGCGGCUUUUUGUUGUUGUUUUAGUUGAACUACUUUAAACUACUUCUUGAAGUUAAACUUCAGUAAGUCUGCACUGCUGUUUGAAAGAAGCAGGCUCAGCUGCUCCUUCACACUGUGCAUGCUUAAGUGCUUUCCUCAGUCAGUUUCCUGGAUGAGGAGACUGAUUUAAACUGAAAACUAAAGAAUUUUACCUACUUAGGAAACUGAAAAGUAAUCUAUCUCCUUGUAGAGCUGUGCAGAUUUUAGUUCUACCUGGAAAGGAGCUGCUGCACACAACGGGAGAAGAUGAAGACUGCUAUUUUAGUUUCAGGUGUUGUCUUUUUAUGUGGGGUUGAAGUGAUUCUGUGUUAACAGCCUAUGAAAUUCAGAAUUGAGCUUUGUGCAGUGGGAGUUGUGAUUUAGGAAGAGGCUGAAAGGAGUUAGCUGGUGCCCAAGUGAGCAGCAGGCAUAGAUGGAAGCACUGCGACUUGGAGCACAUCUGGAUGUUGUCCAGCUCAAUAUAGUUCAAGUCUCCUGUGAGUACAGGUCAGUGCAUACUUUCAAUUAGUGUUGUUCUUGAAUGAAAGUACUGAGAUACUAGUUGUCAAGUAAACCUUAGGAGCUGCAAGUAGAAAUAGAUUGUUUAACAGAUGAAAAAGACUAUUUCUGUUGAUUAUGUAAAGCCAUGGUAGUACUGCUUUAACAUUUUAAUGACAGGUAUGAUUUAACAUUAGUAUUGAUAACUAGACUCAGUUUGCAGUGAUCUUGCUUUUGUUUUGUUGCUUGUCUCCACAGCAAUGUUUCCUUCCUAUUCAUUACCAAUCUCUCCUAGUUAGAUGGGCCUGUAAACCUUUUAUGUUGAGAAGGCAGAGUGAAGGUUAAUUAAAGUCUGAGGAUUCUUCCAUCCAUUUUUAGAGCUGUGCAGUGAAAAUCUAGCUCAGUAUACCUCAGCUAAUUUAGCAGAAGCUUUGGAUUUCUACUAGCUGUAUCAGGUUGUUUAUACAAUCCUAAGUUAUAUCAGUCAUCAAAAUAAUAUAUGUAGCAUUUUGAUUUAACCACAGGUAUGCUUAGGCUGCACGUGCUACAUUAUUAAGGAAUAUCACCAGUUAAUCUUAGAAGUCAUACUUUAAUGUUAGUAUGAGGAAACUGGGGAGGGAGGAGCCCUAGAGGCAGAAAGACAAAGUGAAUGAGGGUAAGAAACUUCUAGCUUAAAGAAUAAAGUGGUUUGUUUUAAUGAUAGUGAUUUUGAGAGAGUUUUUUUUUUUUUCUGAAAUUGUAACACCAUGUGUUUUAUCUAGAAUUAGGGGACUGCACAAAAUUCACUUCCCUGAAAUACUUCUGAAAUAUUGAUGUGCUAGGCAUUACAUAUAUCUGCUUUGCAAGCACUUGUUAGCACAGUUAUCUUUCUAGGGAGGUUGUUUAUUUGACUCAAUGCUUAGUAUUACUUUUUCCUGCCCUCCUGACACAGGUCAGUGUUGUCUUGAAGUCUUUUGCUGUCUUUGCAGUGUCGGAAAAAUUACUGAAUGGAGUCUUGAAAGUUCAUGCUAUGGAAAUUCCAUUCAGGCAGAAUAGUCAGAACAAUACAAAAUGGGGUGAACAUUAUACCACUUAUAGGCAAAGCAGACAGCAUUUCUAAAACAGAACUGCAGCAAUUCAAGAGGAAACUCAUUGCUGAAUUAGUUAGCAAUGGUAUCCAGAUAUACCAGUUUCCAACUGAUGAUGAAGCUGUUUCUCAAAUUAAUACUAUCAUGAAUGGGCAUUUACCUUUUGCUGUAGUGGGAAGUACAGAAGUGGUGAAAAUUGGAAACAAAGUGGUGAAAGCUCGUCAGUACCCUUGGGGCAUUGUACAAGUGGAAAAUGAGAACCACUGUGACUUUGUGAAGCUCCGUGAGAUGCUUAUUUGCACAAAUAUGGAAGAUUUAGUAGAGCAGACUCACACACGCCAUUAUGAGCUGUACAGGAGCUGCAGACUGCAGGAGAUGGGCUUCAGAGACACUGACCCUGAGAACAAGCCAGUAAGUCUGCAGGAAGCCUAUGAGGCAAAGAGGCGCAAGUUCUACCUUGAGCUGCAACGAAGAGAGGAGGAGAUGAGGCAGAAGUUUGUGCAGAGAGUGAAGGAGAAAGAAGCAGUAUUGAAAGAAGCAGAGCAACGAAUACAGGCUAAGUUUGAACAUCUUAUGCUAGUGCAUCAAGAGGAGAAACUGAAAUUAGAGAAGAAGAGAAAAGCUUUAGAGGAAGAAAUCGCUCUGUUUAACAUGAAGAAAGCUAAUGCUGAAUUACUCCAAACACAGCCAAUGGUCUCUACUCCUGUUAGCUUGAAGAGAGACAAGGACCGCAAAAAUUCCAGCUUUACGUAAUACCAAUGAUGGAAGAAUGAUAAUUUAUUUUGGGGAAGCCGUGAUGCACAGUAUGGUUUUGGAGGUCAAGGAGUUGCAGUUUCUUUCUAAAGGAAUUGGACAGUCUCUCUUGGUUGCUGCAGGCUACGAGAGAGUUCUUAAGUUUGAGCAGCACGCACAUGUGUGACAAUGGCAGCUGUCUGUGGACUUUCUUGUAUGCGUCUGCCUUGAUGCACACUUGCUUCAUGUACGUGUGGCCAGCUUUGAUUUGUUUUGUGUGCAUUGUACCAAAGAAAAGAUGCGUGCUAUGAACUCUUCCAUUCAUAGUAUGAAUGCCUUAGUACGAAAGUAUUGAGUGAAUAGAUCUACUCUGGCCUUUCUAAAGAGUUAUUUUCAUGUGACGUACUAGUCUACUAAAUAUUACUUAAUACAAGUGCUGACAUAAUGUAACCAUUUACUUAUUUUGCUGACAGUUGUUUAUUUAUAGGCUUUUAUUUACAAGUGCUGUCCUCAUUCUCAGAUGCAAUCCAUUGAGAUAUUUUGCAAUGCUGCACUGUUGCAUGAUACUUUAUCUAAUGUUACUUACAAUUUGGAAAGUACCCACAAUUUCUUGUUGUGGUGUCUGGUUACAGCAGAGAUUAAACUUUACACUGUUAGCUUCAAGAGCUUUGGGUUAAAACAACUUUCAAACUUCUUUUUUGUCUUUUGAGUAGUCAUAGUAACAAAUGGGAAACAUUCUCCAGGAGCUGCAGUCCUCUGAAAUGGUUUUGUAGGACUUUUUAAAAAUGAAAUACUAAGUUGACAGAAAUAAAAUACUUUGGUUUUGCAUAA